CUCAUUCGAGCCUUGGGUGAUGGAGUCUGAGUGGUCUGAAUCCGAUUUCGGCUUCGCUUUCAAUAAGAGCAAUUUCUCCGACAGGAUUCUUCGAAUUGAGAUUAUCACCGACCCCAUUGUUGAUGUCCCACCACCUCAUUCAGAUAGUGUCACCACCAUUGAUGACUGGACUCGCUACUGCGAGAGGAGACGCAAAAACGGUGAUGAAGCUGCAAACAGCAAUGAUUCAAACUGGAUCAUGGAUUGCUCUACAGCUACAUAUUAUAGAGUUAAAACACUGCAUAUCAGUUCUCCUAUUCUGGCUGCUAAAAGCCCUUUCUUCUAUAAGCUUUUCUCAAAUGGGAUGAAGGAGUCAGAGCACAGACAUGUCACCCUCAGGAUUAAUGCAUCUGAAGAAGCUGCUUUCAUGGAGCUACUGAAUUUUAUGUACAGGAAUACCUUGAAUAUCACUACACCAGCUGCUUUACUGGACCUGCUUAUGGCUGCUGAUAAAUUUGAAGUCUCUUCAUGCAUGAGACACUGUAGGCGGUUACCCAUGACACUUGACUUUGCAUUAUUUUGCGCGGAGCUUCCUAUGGCUUAUGCAGUCCAACCACUGACUGAUGCUGCAAAGCAGUAUCUUGCUAGCCGAUUCAAGGAUGUAACUAAGUUCGAUGAAGAGUUCAUGGCCUUGCCUCUUCAUGGAAUAGAGGCAAUCUUGGCUAGUGAUGAUCUCAAGGUUCAAUCAGAAGAUGUGCUAUGUGGCUUUGUAAUAAAGUGGGCUAGAAAACAUUACAAUAGAUUAAAAGAAAGGCGAGAAGUUCUGGGUACACAGCUUGCGCGUUUAAUUCGCUUCCCUUGUAUGUCAUUCAUUGGGCUUAAGCAGGUCUUAACCGUUGAUGACGUUGGACAUAAGGAUGUAUCUAAGCUUGUAAUUGAAGCCCUAUCUUUCAAGUCGGGGUUACCGAAAGCUUCAUUGUACUCUCCUUUUGUGGAGAGGGUAUAUACGUAUCACCCUAUCAAGGUGAUAAAACUUGAUAUUCCCCGCCGACAACAUAGUGUGGUGUACUGGGAUCUGAAGCGGGAGGUGUGUGCCACUUUGUUACCAUCUGGUCCCUUGGUGUGGUCUGAGAAAUUCCGUUUCGGUGGACAACGGUAUUUUUUAGUAGCAGAAAGCAACAAGGACACCCAUUGCUUUGAGCUGUUUUUAGGAAUGAGCAAAGGAUCGGUAGGCUCUGCAAAGGUGAACUGUAAAUUUUCUGCAAGGUGUAGGCCAAGAGAGGAGUUUGUUGAUAUGAAGAAAGCCCGUGAUACAUUUACUGGGGGAAAGUUUAUUGGUCAUAGAAACUUGUUUAAUAUGCCAUGGACUUCGUUCAUGGCUGAGGAUUGUAAAUUCUUCAUUAACGGUGUUCUCCACCUCAAAGUUAGCCUUUCCAUAAGAGAUUGAUGAUCCCCUAAAAUUUCAUCCAACUAGUGCUUGUUGCUUAUGUGAUAAAGAAGCUGUGCUCGAAUGAAAUGACACAAGCUUGUUUAGGAAUACAGAAGGAAAUAGGCAGGCUGAGCCGUUGCUUAAUAGUUUUUUUCAACU